CUUUCACGUUGAAAUCCCGCGCCACCACCAAUCCGAGUCGUCAAGGAAGGAAACGUCGAUCGCCGGCGACAAGAGCAACCGCCACCCUCUAGCUCCAUCGACGCAGCACCGCCUUGGGCCGCGGCGAGUUACGUCGCAGGAGAUCUCGUUGGUCAGUGCAGGUUGGAAUUUAACCAGAAAAGUUGCAUUUUGGGAGAAAAAGGAAGCUGGUGAUUUGGUCAAAAAUGAAAAAGGAUAGCAGAUGGAGAAAGUUUUCGCUUUGGAAUAUCAUUCGGAUCAAUGAUAAUAAUGCUGGAAACUCAAGCAAAGGCAAAACAUCAGAAACAGAUUCACAAGUCGCGAGCAUGGUCUUCAAUGACCGCCUAUAUAGAGCUCCAAGUACCAUAACUAGUGAGGCAAUCAGGAUUUUCGCGGCAACAUGGAAUGUUGGAGGAAAUACUCCCCAUGAGGGACUUAGCCUCAGUGACUUCCUUCCUGCUGAUGAUCACUCAGAUAUAUAUGUUUUGGGUUUUCAGGAGAUAGUUCCUCUGAAUGCCGGGAAUGUACUCGUAAUCGAGGACAAUGAGCCAGCGGCGAAGUGGCUAUCUCUAAUCAAUCAAGCAUUGAAUGGUGCCGGUGAUACAGAGACUGACAUCGAAUCACACUCAUCAUCUCCUUAUAUUGACUCUGCCUCAAGAGGUGCAUUGCUCUUUCAGAAACUACCACUUAAAGCCGUUAGCAAAACUUUCAAAACGGAACAGGGACGCCGUCUGAGAGCCUGCAAUUGCCCUGCUGAAGCGACAAGGAAGUCCUACAGAGGGUCAUGUUUUAGUUGCCAGCAUGCUCACAUCAAUGACAGUGACUCAGAGGAGGAGGAGGAGGAAGAAGAGGAAGUUGUACAUUAUUCUAUUUCGGGGUUUUCGGUUAGGCCUACAAGUAGUAAGCAGAAGUAUUGCCUCAUAGCCAGCAAACAGAUGGUGGGGAUUUUUGUCACUGUCUGGGUGAGGAGAGAACUUGUGCAGCACAUAGGACACCUACGAGUCGCUUGUAUCGGAAGGGGAAUUAUGGGUUGGCUUGGUAAUAAGGGAUGCAUCUCGGUGAGUCUGUCGUUGCACCGAACAAGCUUUUGCUUCAUUUGCAGUCACUUGGCUUCGGGGGAGAAAGGAGGAGACGAGCUGAGAAGGAAUUCCGACGUUUCAGAAACACUGAAACACACACAAUUCAGGAAGGUCUGCAGAAGAGCCGGUCGAAGAAUACCCGUAAAGAUUCUCGAGCAUGACCGUGUCAUAUGGUUGGGGGAUUUGAAUUACCGGAUUUCUUUGAGCUACAGUGAGACCAAAAAACUUCUCGAGGAUAAUAACUGGCAUGAGCUUUUCGAGAAGGAUCAGCUUAAAAUUGAAAGAGAAGCUGGGAGAGUGUUCAAGGGGUGGAAUGAAGGGAAGAUCUACUUCGCUCCCACUUAUAAGUACUCGAACAACUCGGACACUUAUGCCGGAGAGGGUGCAACAUCGAAGAAGAAACGAAGAACACCUGCGUGGUGCGAUCGCAUUCUCUGGAAUGGUGAUGGAAUUGCGCAGCUGUCUUAUAUCAGAGGGGAGUCUAAAUUUUCAGAUCAUCGACCGGUAUGUGCCGUGUUUGUUGUGGAGGUUGGGGUGAAUGAUGAUAGAUCAAAGAAUUUAACCACUCCUAACAUGAGAGUUGGUGCAGAAGAGAUUUUAAAUAGCAGAGGAGGCAGUUGCUAGCGCUUACGAGUAUGUGAAAACACAUGUAAAGCAUGAAUGCGAAAAUCGCCGCAUACAUCGUUCAUGUGAAUCAUCUGGACGAUAUGUUUCUUCCUUGCAUAUGGUUUAUAUAACUUACUCCUGGAGAAGGGUGCGAAUAGAAUAAGAGAGAUUGGAAAUGCUAUAAUUUGGCUGCCGAAGCUAAAGCGUCGGUUUUGUUCAUCACCAAACUGUAAAAUAGUAGAGCCAUGUCACACGAGGGGCUACAAAAUUUGAUUAUUUUGUUCUAUGAAUCAGAAGUUUGACCAUUAAUUAUUGUUUUAAGA